AUGGAGGCAGCCCUGACAUGGGAUAGGCAUCCUAUUCUAGGCCUUUCACUGAUUGGCCUGUGCAGCCUUAUCUUCCAGGCUUCACCUCCAUGCACUCUGCAUUUGAGCCACGGAAAAGCAUUCAAAAUCAGGGAUAUACACACUUAUAAACAAGCACUUGCUGAAAGAACGAGUCUAGAAUGCCAUCCCUCCUUCUUUUCCUUGUGUACAGAAACAUUUUCCACUCAGCAUGCGUUGGAUGGGAAAGCCCUAGUUAACAUUCCUCCGCUCUCCCCGCCCCAGCUUUUCCGGCUGCACAGGGCGCACGCCCCCUCGCAGCCGCUUCCACCUACUGAAGCCCAGCACACCCCCAACACAGAAGUAGCCGAAAGAGGAGGGGCUCCGCGCGCGCCGGGGGCGCCAUCUUGGCUGAGGUGGCCGGAAGCGGCCCAGCGAAGGGGCGCGGAGUGCGACUGCGCGGCGGCCCCGCUGCGGGUCUUAGCCGCCCGCGGCGUUGCUGCCGCGCUUCCGAGUUCUGUGCGGUGCCCGCCGGUAGCCACAAAGGCCUCUCUGCUGCUGUCCCGCCCCUUCUCCGCGUUUGCGCAGUUGGUCUUAAUCCCUCGCUUAGUGUACGCGCUCUGCACCUGCCUGCUCGGAAACCUGUUGCGGAAACCGGAGAGCUGGGGUCUCCCGCUCCCUCAGGCCAAGGGGGAAAAGGAAGGCGGCCAUGAUGGUGAGCCCCAGGCCCGGACCGCCUCGUGGGAGGAGGCCCCAAGCCCCCUCCGGCAGGACAACCCCAAGAAGGACAGUGGCGCCGUGAGGGAGAAGGGGUCCGCGGUGCCCAGCGUCUCCCGGAAAGGAGCGAGGGCCUCGGCAGCCAGAGCCUUGGCACGGCCACGCCGUCUGAAUCCGACUGUGGCGGAGUUGGUGCGGUUCCCGCUGGUGAAAGACAAGAAGAAGAGUUCCAUCGCACGCUCCGGGAUGGUAAAAUGUAGUACUGGAGACUUGAAGGAUCUGUUCCCGGAGACCAUUGCAACCGCAGAACAUCUGCGGUAUGUCUUUGGUUUCCAGCUGAAACAGUUUGACUGCAAGCACCACACUUACAUCCUGAAAAACAAACUAAAACCUCUUGAGGAGGAGGAUCUGGGAGGAGAUGGCCCCAGAUUUGGUCUCUUAAUAAUGAUCUUGGGCCUUAUCUACAUAAAGGGGAGUAGCGCCAAGGAGGCCCAGAUCUGGGAUAUGCUGCGUCGGUUGGGGGUGCAUCCCUCAAAGUACCACUUUCUCUUUGGGUACUCCAAGAGUCUUAUUAUGGAAGAUUUUGUUCAGCUGAUACCGGAAUAUGAAUUAUCUUGGGGUCCCUGAAGCAACCUGGAAAUCAAAGAAGUUCUGGGGUUCGUGGCUAAACGCCAUAAGAAAGAACCCCAGCACUGGCCAGCGCAGUAUAGGGAGGGCCUGGCAGACAGGGCUAGAGGUGAGGCCAGGAUGAGAGGUAGGGCGAGGGCCAGCGUUCGCCGCUGGUGAGGUUGGUGAAAAAGUGGCAGCAAGGACCUAGAAUUAUGGAAGCUACUGUCUUGGAUCAAAAGUAGUAUAGGUAGGGUGAGGGUCGUUAUUUCUGUAGAAAUGGUGUAACUUUAAGGAUAUAUAUUUUUGUUUAUAUUUACUGUUAAAAUGUUCAUAAGAGAUGGGUCUACUUUUUUCUGUAGGAUUUUGUUGUAGAGUUUU